AAUCGCAUUCCAUUCCGGCUCUCUAGAGCCUAGUGAGUACAUAUACUGUGAAGUUGCUGCUCUUCUGCGUCUUGAUUCCAAAUCCGUUCGGCUUCUGAACCUCAACUGGAGUAGUAGACCGUAGCAAAGAGAGCAGGGGACAGGACAAGAAGAAAAAGGAGAGCCAUUUCCGGAGCAGAGGAGGCAGGCAACUGGGUCAGACAGGCCCGCGCGCCACGCCGUCCCGACGGCCAUGGCCCAGCCCUUCUCCUCCUCCCACAUCCCCUCCUCAUCCUGCGUGCCUCGCCGCCCGCCCCCCUCGGCCUUCUCCCCGCCCACAAGGACGAGCGCCUCUCAUGCUCCGGUGUACAGGCCGCGCCGCCGGGCCGUCGCCGCCGCGGCGUCCCUCCACCUCGGCCCGGGGGAGAUCGCCGAGCUCGCGCGCAACAAGGUUUUGAUUGCGGCGACGGUGGCGAGCGCGAUCGGGCAGCUGUCCAAGCCCUUCACCUCGGGCAAGAAGUGGGGCGCUGGCGGCGCCGGUUUUGACGCCAAGACCGCCUUCCGCUCCGGAGGGAUGCCCUCCACCCACUCCGCGAGUGUUGUGGCUGUGGCUACUUCGCUUGGCCUAGAAAGGGGGUUUGCAGACUCUGUGUUUGGGAUGUCACUGGUGUUUGCCGCAAUUGUAAUGUAUGAUGCUCAGGGAGUUAGAAGAGAGGUGGGCAAGCAUGCAAGGGUUUUGAACAAGUUUUGGGUUCUUAGGGAAAAGGUACCUCAAGAUUCAGAGGUGGACAUGGCUCCUGAGUUUGUUUCGGUAACUGAGGAGGCGAUUUCCUCGCCCCGUACAAAUGCGAGCCCCUCCCUGAGGUGCAGUUCUAGGACUGAAUCACCAAGGUUGAGCGGACUCCGGAGUUCAGAACCUGAGAUAACUGAAGUGACAGAACUGAAUUCGUCUUACAUGGAGAAGGGUUACCUGUUGAGUGAAUCUGUUGGCCACACAGAGCUCCAGGUCACAAUGGGCGCCUUGUUAGGUUUUAUUGUGAGCUUAGCCGUAUAUGCGACACUGUAACAGCGAUCUUUAUUACAUUCUUAGUUAGUUACACAUACAGAUUAUUGUUACCCAAAGUAACACAAGUGAUUGAUUAUUCCCACGAUUAAAUCAGAAAUACCUUUGCCACUUUCAAACUA